AUGACAAGUCAAUCGUAGCUGAAAAUGAAGCGUUCGUUGAUUUCCGUCGUUCUUCUUGGCAUAUGCAUUGUGUGCUCGGAAGGACUCUUCUAUAUCCAGAAGGGCAACUGCAAUGAAAGGAUUCGGACUUUGCAAGCCAGGAAGAACAAGCUGACAAGUGAUUUGAACUCCUGUCAGACGAAACCGAAGCCAAUAUGGCCCAUACCAGUAUAUCCGCCAAGUCCUCAAGAAUGUGUUGGGGCAAAGAUUGACCUGGUGUUUGUCCUGGAUGCUUCCAGCAGCAUCACAACGCCAAAUUUUGAACUGAUGCGCAAAUUCCUGCAUGAUUUCCUCUCCAUCGCAAGUAUCGACAACGGAGACGUUCGAGUUGGUCUUGUGAUCUUCAGCACCCAGAGUCACAUCCAGUUUAAUCUCAAAGACUACAACUCCAAGUCUGGAGUCUUAAACGCCAUUGACAACGUCCCGUACAAGAAGGGAAGAACCAACACGGCGUCUGGUCUGUUGAAAAUGAGGAAGAUGUUCAGAGUAAAAUUUGGUGAUAGGAGACGUGUGAAGAAUAUGGCAAUAGUGAUCACCGACGGCGUGUCCAACGUCAAUGCCAAGAAAACCAUCCCCAUGGCUAGAAGGGCAAGGGCAAGAGGCAUCCACAUCUACGCCAUUGGCAUUGGUUUGUCUAAAACGAAGGAGCUAAAUAAAAUCGCCAGCCGACCAGUUAAGAAAAAUAGAUUCACAGUUCAGGACUUCACCGAAUUGAGAACUUUGAGAGAUAAAAUCUUCCGGUCUAUCUGUAUCAACGUGAACAAACGACCGAAACCGAGACCACAGAAACCGAAACCGAAACCGAAACCACAGAAACCAGACAAAUCAAAGUGUCCACAUCGUUGUGCAUCACCAGCGCAAUGCGAGGAACUUAAUGGUAAGGUCUUCGUCGAAUAUCCGUGUCCCAAAGGCCAAAUGUGCUGCAAACCAAUGCCCUAAAGAAAUAAAGUCUUAUUCGCCGA